CGCAUUCAACGAUUAUAAACAAACGACUCAGAAAAAGAAACUAUUUUCGUGAGGUUUGAGUUUGUUUCUCUGAUACAUCAUUCAUUCAUCACUGUGUCUGUGAGUCAAGAGAUAAGAAUGGCGACGGUACCAUUGUUCACCCAAUUUCCCUGCAAAACCCUAGUUUCAAGCUUUUCGAACCCUAGAUUUCAGUCAAAAACUCCCAUCCUAGUGCCCAUUAACUCAAUCAAUCGCCGAAUCGCAGUUCAUCGCCCUGAUUUCAAGGUCCGAGCCAGUGACGUUAAUGACGAGUGGGGUCCAGAUUCCAAGGGCCGAGGCGGUGACGUUGAGGACGAGUGGGGUCCCGAGAGAGGAUCGAACUCAUCUGUGGCGGGGGAAGUUGCAGAAGAAGCUAUCGAAUCUGCGGAGGAGACGGAGCGGGUUAAGAGAGUGUUGGCUGAUUCUCUGUACGGAACAGAUCGAGGUUUAAGCGCAUCGAGCGAGACGAGAGCGGAGAUCAGUGAGCUCAUCACGCAGCUCGAGUCGCGAAACCCUAACCCAGCUCCUAACGAAGCUCUGUUUCUCCUCAACGGCAAAUGGAUUCUCGUCUAUACAUCGUUUGUUGGUCUGUUCCCAUUGCUCUCAAGAAGAAUCUCACCGUUGGUUAAAGUGGAUGAGAUCUCACAAACCAUUGAUUCCGACAGCUUCACCGUACACAACUCUGUCCUGUUCGCUGGUCCACUUGCCACAACAUCGCUAAGCACCAACGCUAAAUUCGAAGUCCGAAGUCCUAAACGCGUCCAGGUCAAGUUUGAGCAAGGCAUUAUCGGGACUCCUCAGCUAAUUGAUUCGACUGAAAUACCGGAGUUCAUUGAGGUUCUUGGUCAGAAAAUCGAUCUCAACCCCAUCAGAGGGUUACUUACAUCGGUCCAAGACACGGCUUCUUCAGUGGCUAGAACCAUUUCAAGCCAGCCACCACUGAAAUUCUCUUUGCCUGGAGACAGUGCGCAGUCGUGGCUGCUCACCACCUAUCUCGACAAAGACCUUCGGAUCUCGAGAGGGGAUGGUGGAAGCGUCUUUGUGCUCAUCAGAGAAGGAAGCUCUCUCUUAAACCCUUAAAAUCAUCAUUACUCACAUCACAUCCGUAUAGUAACAUAUAUAGAACCAUAAGUCUCUGUUUAAUAGUGCUGUAACUAUUAUAUACUUUACUCGUUGGAGAGUUAUAAAUGGAUGUAACUCUUGGAAUAUAUAUACACACACAUAGAUACGUAAUUCAACCGUUCUGUUAAGAGUCUUGC